AUGCCGCGUGCUGUUUUUAAAAUGAUUGCUGACGAGCUGCGUCCCCAUCUUUCCCGGCAAAACACACGGUUCCGUAAGGCAGUUCCUGUAGAAAAGCAAAUUGCCAUGGCCGUAUUUUACCUGGCACACGGUGGUUCCUAUGCCACAGUUGGAACUUUUUUCGGUGUAGGAAAGUCUACAGCAUACAAGGCUAUCAUUCAGGUGUUCCUGUGUAUGGAAAUGGUUCUACUACGGAGGGCUGUCUAUCUUGGAGACUAUAGAAAGAUUAUGUCUGGCUUUGAAGCGCUGGGGUUUCCCCAGGUGAUUGGAGCAAUUGACGGCUGCCACAUUACGAUUAAGGCACCUGCUCACGAGGGUGCGCAGUACAUAAAUCGGAAACAGCAACACUCUAUGAUUCUACAGGUGACAUGUGAUCACAAUGGAAAAUAUAUUGAUCUUUACUGUGGACAUUCAGGAAUAAAUCACGACAGUUUUGUCCUGCAGGAAUCCUCUAUCUACCAUGCAUUAAAAGCUGGACUGUAUGUACCCGGUUGUCCGACAUUGACAAUUAAAGGGCAACAAGUCGGGCCACUUCUUUUGGGUGAUAGUGGAUAUCCAAUAAAGCCUUUUCUGCUCAUACCGUUUAAGGUCGGGCAUAGCAGGAGGGAGGGUGUUUAUAAUAAGAGAUUAUCUCGAGCUAGGAUCGUGGUGGAAAGAUCAUUCGGGCGUUUGAAAUCUAGAUUUCAAGCACUGCUGAAAGGUCUAGACCUGUCUGUUGAAAAUUUACCUUCUGCUAUUUUAACUUGUAUUCUGCAUAACAUAAUAGAGACCAAUGGAGAUGUCCGACUUGCACGAAACACUUCUCCUGAGACAUAUGUUAUUGACCCAACUACUUAUAUGACUGAUCAACAGGAGAAGGAAAAGGGGGAAAAGAUUAGAGAUGCCUUUGUGGAGUAUUUCAAUUCAUAA